CUAAAAUUCCCAUAAACUUCAAUAUGAAUUAUAAAUCAUGUAAAUUGGCGGAAAAACUUCUAAAACAUUAUAAUUAGUCCAAUUUCUAUACAUAGAGCAUCUCCAAAAAUAGGACAAGUGCAGGGAUCCAAUGCAAUAAAUAGGAGAAGCGCAGUAACCCAAUUCAGCAUUAUGCCUAUAUAAAUCAAAUGUGUUUAGACUUGGAGCCCUAAGUUCAAAAUAGAAUAGUAAUGUGUUGAAGAAGAAAGUGAAGUAAGAAGGGAAUUUCCUUCGAUCAUUGCAGCUCUGAGAAAAUGAAGUAUCUCAACUCAACUAAAUUCACAUGGAAAAUUGAAAACUUUUCCAAAUUAACUUCAGAGGGUCUGUAUUCUGACAUUUUCAUUGCCGACAGAUGUAAAUGGCGUUUGCAUAUUUUCCCAAAAGAAAACUCUGUGAAUUGUUUGUUAGACGUUGCUGACUCAAUUAGUUUGCCAAAUGGCUGGAGCAGAAGUGCAUCUUUUAGUAUGUCACUAAUUAAUCAAUACACGAAGAAGUCUGCAUUUACACGAGAUACACAAUAUGUGUUCGUUGAGAAACAAAGCGAAUGGGGUUUCCUAUUUGUCAUUCCUGUAAGCACAAGAAAGAGGCCUGUAGGGUAUAUAGUGAACGAUACUCUUAAAGUUGAAGUUGAGAUUGAAGUCCAUAGUGCUGUUCAUUAUUCUGUGAUUGAACCUGCAAAGGAAGUCAAUAAAGAUGAACCGAAACUGCCCAAGCGAGCAUUUGCAACACUAGAUCUUGAUCCUCUGAGUUGUCAUAUCAAAAAAUAUCAGAAGUGCAUUUUAAAGGAGAAAGAUCUACUCCAGAAGGAAGUACUCGAAACUAAAGUGACGGUUGAACCGUCAACUGCUAUAGUAACUCCUUUAACUGCUAAACCACCGAGUCAGACUGAAGGAGCAGUUCAAACCGGAGCUACCACUAAUGAACAAGAAAUUACGAAGGAAUUAUUUCCGCUUCCUGCUAUUGUCAAUGAACAGGAUCUUCCUCAGGAUCCUCCCUCCGAGCCUGUAUUAUCCUCCCCAGAUGUGCAGAAACUUUCUAAGAAUCUUCUGACUGAAAUUUUAAAUCGGACGAGGACUCGGAAAUCCUUUCCCAGCAAUGAAAUUCCAGUUCCAAGUGAAGCAACUAGGCCUGACUUUGUACGUCAACAAAAGGAAGUGCUGGACGGGUUUCUCAAUAUGUCAUUAGAGGCUAUACGACAAGCUGAUGCCUUUGGAAAUAUCGAGAAGAUUAUCCUUGCCCUCGUUCAGCAUUCUAACAGUUUACAGGAGAAAACAAUUCUUGAAGAUCUAGCUUCUCGUUUGGCAGAAUUUCAAGAGAGCGUCCCAAAAUCUACUAUCAUUGCAGAAGCUGUGCAAGCUCGCAAAAUAUCUCUUGCAGGGAAAACUGUUGAUCUGAACGCAAGAUUGGAUCAAAGACAAAAGGAACUAAGUGCCUUGGAGGAAAAAUGCUCAAGGCUCUCGGAAGAAGAAGCGAAACUCCAUGCUGAAAUUCAGCGCUUAACGACACAAAAGGAGGAGCUUCUUUCCCAGAAGCAAUCUGCUGCAAUUGAACUGCAGAAAGCCAAUGAAGGAGCAUCGAGAGAACUCGAAGAAUGGAGAGGUUUAGAAGGGGAAUUCAAGCAGUCCAAUGCCGAAAGGCUCGGAGCCAAAGAGAAAUUGGCAUUAGCUAACGUGCGUUGGAAACACUACAGAGAGGAUUUUGCAGAGACCAUGAAGACCAUAAAGAAUGAAGAGGCUUAGACGGGUAAAUCAAGCAGUUCAGUGUUGAAUGGCUCAGACACAAAAACAAACUAGCUUUAGCUAAUAUGCGUGGGAAACUGUACAGUAAGGAUCUUGUUUUCGAAAAGCUUAAUAUUUUAUAGACUUAUUUGAAUGAUGUGGUUUAUUAGCUUUCAAGCUGAACUUAUGUAAAAACAUUAUCAUGCUAAGGCGAGUCCCUGCACUUUUCUGUUUU